AUGCAGAAGCAGACGGUGCGGACGCUCUCUCUGAUCCUCUGCAUGCUCUCCUACCUGCUGGUGGGCGCCGCCGUCUUCGACGCGCUGGAGAGUGAGACGGAGAGCGAGAGGAAGCGCAUGCUGGAGCAGAAGCGCGGCGAGAUGAAGCGCCAGUACCGCUUCAGCGAGGAGGAUUACCGCGAGAUCGAGCGGGUGGUGCUGCAGGCGGAACCCCACCGCGCCGGCCGCCAGUGGAAAUUCGCCGGCUCCUUCUACUUCGCCAUCACCGUCAUCACCACCAUAGGAUAUGGCCAUGCUGCUCCAGGAACUGAUGCUGGCAAGGUCUUCUGCAUGUUUUAUGCUGUCCUGGGCAUCCCUCUGACCCUGGUAAUGUUCCAGAGCCUGGGUGAAAGAAUGAACACUUUUGUCCGGUUCCUCCUCCACCGAGCCAAGCAGUGCCUUGGCUUCCGGCGUACGGAAGUCUCCAUGGAGAACAUGGUUCUGAUCGGCUUCCUGUCUUGCUUGGGGACACUCUGUGUAGGAGCGGCUGCCUUUUCCCACUUUGAAGGUUGGACCUUCUUCCAUGCCUACUACUAUUGCUUCAUCACCUUGACUACCAUUGGCUUUGGAGACUUUGUGGCCUUGCAGAAGAAUGAGGACCUUCAGGAGAAGACACCAUACGUGGUCUUCAGCUUCAUGUACAUCCUGGUUGGGUUGACGGUGAUCGGGGCCUUCCUUAACUUGGUGGUGCUGCGAUUCCUGACGAUGAAUAGCGAAGAUGAGAGAAGGGAUGCUCAAGAAAGGGCUUCAAUGAAGAGACGUCAAAACCUGGGAUUCCUAGCUGAUGGAAGAGACAGGCACAGCCAUAGUACCCUCUUUCUGCCAAUGGAGGAAGGCACCAGCUGUACCAACCUCAUUCCAUCCCCAGCGGAUGAAAGAUAUUCCCGUCCGACCCUGCCUCGGCUUCCUUCAAGCCCAUCCCAUGAGCAAUCUUGCUUAAGUUCCUUCUACUCCUAUGUCUGCUACCGCCUUGGCUUGAGCAACAGCAUCAUCCCAUCCCAACAUGAGCAUCCCAGCUGCCACAUCAAAUCAGUCUACUACAACUCCAUUUCUUACAGAAUCCAUGGGGAUUCCCUGACCAGAGACAACACUGGGCUUUCUUCCCCGGGUAGCAACCUUUCUCCUGGGCAUAGCUUUAAAGAAUUCCCCCGCUUACGGAGGAAGUCAGUGUAA